CCGGCGUGAGGCGUUCGCGAGCGGGGAGUCUCCAAGAUGGCCGCGUGGGGAAGGAGGCGUCUUGGCCCGGGCGGCGGCGGCGGCGGCGGCGCCCGAGAGAGGGCGAGCCUGUCGGCCACAGACUGUUACAUUGUGCAUGAGAUCUACAACGGGGAGAAUGCCCAAGACCAGUUUGAGUACGAGCUGGAGCAGGCCCUGGAAGCCCAGUACAAGUACAUCGUGAUCGAGCCCACCCGCAUCGGUGACGAGACAGCCCGCUGGAUCACCGUGGGCAACUGCCUGCACAAGACCACCGUGCUGGCGGGCACCGCCUGCCUCUUCACCCCGCUGGCGCUGCCCCUGGAUUACUCCCACUAUAUCUCCCUGCCCGCGGGCGUGCUGAGCCUGGCCUGCUGCACCCUCUACGGCAUCUCCUGGCAGUUCGACCCCUGCUGCAAGUACCAGGUGGAGUACGACGCCUACAGACUGUCCCGGCUGCCCCUGCACACACUCACCUCCUCCUCCCCGGUGGUGCUGGUCCGGAAGGACGACUUGCACAGAAAGAGACUGCACAACACGAUAGCACUGGCGGCCCUGGUGUACUGUGUAAAGAAGAUCUACGAGCUCUGCGCCGUAUGAUCGGGGCGGAGUAGGGCGAGCAGGCAGCCCGGCCCGCGAGGUGGCGGAAGGGAGCCCGGGAAGGCAUCUGGCUGCACGUUUGUUAUUUUAAAGAAAUAACACAUCGCAAGUGUACCAGGGGUUUUUUCAGCUCAUCACACUAAGAUGUGGAUUCCCGUAACCCACGGGGGCCUGAGGCUGUGGAAGGCCGACCAGGCAGCUGGAUGUGAUGGAAGCAACGCUACUGAGGGGAUGUGAACACGCUUGGGGGGUUGUUAAGUAUGUUGUUUAACUGUACCAUCCAGAGCCAACCAGAAGCUAUUGACCAUUAAAAUUAUGAGAAUUUCAA